GCCUUCCCGCCCCCGCCGGCCGAGGCUGGGCUGCGGGAGGCGGCCGGGCGGCCCCGAGCCUCGCUAGGGCGACCAAAACAAAGGCAGCAUCCGGGGCUGGGUGGAUGCAAACAACCAUGAAAGACUGGGUUCUCGCUCUCCCGGGCUCUGCUGCUGCUGCUGCCGCCGCCGCCGCCGCCGCUGCUCCUCCUCCUGCCGCCGCCGAGAGGGCUCCGCUGUGAGGGGAAGCAGGGGCGCAGCUGCUGGGCGUGCAUCCGAAAGGUGAGAGCCGGAGAGCGAGCGGAGGGGGCGGGCAGGCCAUGAAAAUGUCCUCGGCCGUGGGGCCCCGUGGUCCUCGCCCACCCACGGUGCCUCCCCCCAUGCAAGAGCUGCCCGACCUGAGCCACCUUACCGAGGAGGAGAGGAACAUUAUCAUGGCAGUGAUGGACCGGCAGAAGGAAGAGGAGGAAAAAGAAGAAGCCAUGCUCAAGUGUGUUGUCAGGGACAUGGCGAAGCCUGCUGCCUGCAAAACACCAAGAAAUGCUGAAAACCAGCCCCACCAACCUACACCGAGAUUGCAUCAACAGUUUGAAAGCUAUAAGGAACAAGUGAGAAAAAUAGGGGAAGAAGCACGGCGUUACCAGGGCGAGCACAAAGAUGAUGCUCCAACCUGUGGAAUCUGUCAUAAAACAAAGUUUGCUGAUGGGUGCGGCCAUCUUUGCUCCUACUGUCGCACCAAGUUCUGUGCACGCUGCGGAGGCCGUGUGUCUCUACGGUCGAGCAACGAGGACAAAGUGGUUAUGUGGGUAUGCAAUUUAUGUCGAAAGCAACAAGAAAUCUUAACCAAAUCUGGGGCAUGGUUCUUCGGAAGUGGCCCUCAGCAGACAAGCCAGGAUGGAACCCUGAGUGAUACAGCUACAGGUACUGGCUCUGAGGUACCAAGAGAAAAGAAAGCACGACUCCAAGAGCGAUCUCGAUCUCAGACGCCCCUGAGCACAGCAGCUGCCUCCUCCCAGGACGGUGCUCCUCCCAGCGCACCACCAGACAGGAGCAAAGGGGCUGAGCCCUCGCAGCAAGCCUUGGGGCCUGAACAGAAGCAGGCUUCAUCCAGGUCUAGAAGUGAACCUCCUAGAGAGAGAAAGAAGACUCCAGGGCUUUCUGAGCAGAAUGGCAAAGGAGCCCUGAGGAGCGAGCGGAAACGCGUGCCAAAGACAGCGCAGCCCGGGGAGGGGGCCGUCGAAGAACGGGAGCGCAAAGAAAGGCGGGAAAGCCGAAGGCUUGAGAAAGGGCGAUCACAGGAUUAUGCAGACGUGCCAGAAAAACGGGAUGAGGGCAAAGCGGCGGAUGAGGAAAAGCAAAAGAAAGAGGAGGAAUAUCAGACCAGGUACCGCAGCGACCCGAACCUGGCUAGGUAUCCGGUGAAACCGCCGCCUGAGGAGCAGCAGAUGCGCAUGCACGCCCGGGUGUCCCGCGCGAGGCACGAACGGCGCCACAGCGACGUGGCGCUCCCGCGCACCGAGGAGGGCGCCGCGCUGCCGGAGGGCAAGGUCGGCAAACGUGCGCCGGUGGCGGCCAGGGCCUCGCCUCCGGACUCACCGCGGGCCUACUCGGCUGAGAGGACUGCGGAGACCAGGGCGCCAGGCGCCAAGCAGCUAACGAACCACAGCCCGCCAGCGCCCAGGCAUGGGCCGGUUUCCGCAGAAGCCGCUGAGCUCAAAGCCCAGGAGCCCCUCAGGAAGCAGAGCCGCCUGGACCCUAGCUCGGCAGUCCUCAUCCGGAAGGCGAAGCGUGAGAAGGUGGAGACCAUGCUGCGGAACGACUCGCUGAGCUCAGACCAGUCUGAGUCGGUGCGGCCGUCCCCGCCCAAGCCGCACAGGUCCAAGAGGGGCGGCAAGAAGCGGCAGAUGUCGGUGAGCAGCUCUGAGGAGGAGGGCGUGUCGACUCCGGAGUACACCAGCUGUGAGGACGUGGAGCUGGAGAGCGAGAGCGUCAGCGAGAAAGGUGAUUUGGAUUAUUACUGGUUGGAUCCUGCCACGUGGCACAGCCGGGAGACAUCACCUAUUAGUUCGCAUCCUGUAACGUGGCAACCAUCUAAAGAGGGGGACCGAUUAAUUGGACGUGUUAUUCUUAACAAGAGAACAACCAUGCCCAAAGAAUCAGGUGCAUUGUUGGGUUUGAAAGUUGUUGGAGGAAAAAUGACUGACUUAGGACGACUUGGUGCUUUCAUCACCAAAGUAAAGAAGGGUAGCCUAGCAGAUGUAGUUGGACACCUAAGAGCAGGGGAUGAAGUUCUAGAAUGGAAUGGUAAACCCCUGCCGGGAGCUACAAAUGAAGAAGUUUACAACAUUAUUUUAGAAUCAAAAUCAGAACCUCAAGUUGAAAUUAUUGUUUCAAGGCCUAUUGGUGACAUUCCCCGGAUUCCUGAGAGCUCCCACCCUCCGCUGGAGUCCAGUUCAAGCUCCUUUGAAUCUCAGAAGAUGGAAAGGCCUUCCAUUUCUGUUAUUUCUCCUACAAGUCCUGGAGCUCUAAAAGAUGCCCCACAAGUCUUACCAGGGCAACUUUCUGUGAAGCUGUGGUAUGAUAAAGUGGGACACCAGCUGAUUGUAAAUGUUCUGCAAGCAAUGGAUCUACCUGCUAGAGUAGAUGGACGUCCUCGCAAUCCCUAUGUAAAAAUGUAUUUUCUUCCAGAUAGAAGUGAUAAGAGUAAAAGGAGGACCAAAACAGUAAAGAAAAUACUAGAACCAAAAUGGAAUCAAACUUUUGUCUAUUCACAUGUGCAUCGUAGAGAUUUUAGAGAACGAAUGUUAGAAAUAACUGUAUGGGAUCAACCAAGAGUACAAGAAGAAGAAAGUGAAUUUCUUGGAGAGAUCCUCAUAGAAUUGGAGACAGCGCUUUUAGAUGAUGAACCACAUUGGUAUAAACUUCAGACACAUGAUGAGUCUUCACUACCUCUGCCUCAGCCAUCACCUUUCAUGCCAAGGCGACAUAUUCAUGGAGAAAGCUCUAGCAAAAAGCUGCAAAGAUCUCAGCGAAUCAGUGAUAGUGACAUCUCAGAUUUUGAGGUUGAUGAUGGUAUUGGAGUAGUUCCUCCAGUAGGCUACAGGUCUAGUGCUAGAGAAGGUAAAUCUACAACAUUAACUGUGCCAGAACAGCAAAGAACAACUCAUCACCGCUCACGUUCAGUAUCUCCUCAUCGCGGCAAUGAUCAGGGAAGGCCGCGUUCACGUUUACCAAAUGUGCCAUUACAGAGGAGUUUAGAUGAAAUUCAUCCAAUAAGAAGGUCACGUUCUCCAACCAGACACCAUGAUGCCUCCCGAAGUCCAGUUGAUCAUAGAGCCAGAGAAGUGGAUAGUCAGUAUUUAUCAGAACAAGACAGUGAGCUUCUUAUGCUGCCCAGAGCAAAACGAGGACGAAGUGCAGAAUGCCUACAUACUACCAGACAUCUUGUUAGGCAUUAUAAAACAUUACCUCCCAAGAUGCCUUUAUUACAGAGCAGUUCUCAGUGGAAUAUUUACAGCUCAAUUCUGCCUGCACAUACUAAGACCAGAUCAGUGACUAGACAGGACAUUCCCCUUCAUCAUGAAUGCUUUAACUCAAGAGUAUUGAGAUUUACUGAUGAGUUACUGGUUAGUGAACUGCAGCCCUUUCUUGACAGGGCUAGGAGUGCUAGUACCAACUGCUUGAGACCAGAUACUAGUUUGCAUUCACCAGAACGAGAAAGGGGUAGAUGGUCCCCCUCCCUAGAUAGGAGACGACCUCCUAGUCCCAGGAUUCAAAUCCAGCAUGCGUCUCCGGAGAAUGACAGGCACUCCAGAAAGUCUGAAAGAUCUAGCAUCCAAAAACAGACUAGGAAAGGCACUGCCUCUGAUGCAGAAAGGGUUCUCCCACCAUGUCUUUCUAGACGGGGACACGCAGCCCCAAGAACGACUGAUCAGCCAGUCAUUAGGGGAAAACAUCCUGCUCGCUCAAGGUCGAGUGAGCACUCUAGUAUCAGAACACUGUGUUCUAUGCACCACCUUGUCCCUGGAGGGUCGGCGCCACCUUCUCCGCUUCUGACAAGAAUGCACCGACAGAGAAGUCCAACACAAUCUCCUCCAGCAGACACAUCGUUCAGCAGUCGCAGGGGAAGACAGCUCCCACAAGUGCCAGUGAGAAGUGGCAGUUUAGAACAAGAACAAGAAAAAUAUAACUCUUCCACAAAAGCAAGCUUAGUAGUGGAGGAGCGAACAAGACAGAUGAAAAUGAAAGUGCAUCGAUUUAAGCAGACAACAGGGUCUGGUUCUAGUCAAGAACUUGAUCGCGAGCAAUAUUCCAAGUAUAACAUACAUAAAGAUCAGUACAGAAGCUGUGAUAACGUCUCUGCCAAAUCAUCAGAUAGUGAUGUCAGUGAUGUUUCCGCCAUUUCCCGAACCAGCAGUGCCUCACGCCUCAGCAGCACAAGCUUUAUGUCAGAGCAAUCUGAGCGCCCCAGGGGUAGAAUCAGUUCAUUUACCCCCAAAAUGCAAGGCAGACGGAUGGGGACUUCAGGAAGAGCCAUCAUGAAGAGCACCAGUGUGAGUGGAGAGAUGUAUACACUGGAGCAUAAUGACGGCAGUCAGUCAGACACAGCUGUGGGUACAGUUGGAGCAGGUGGAAAGAAAAGGAGAUCCAGCCUGAGUGCCAAAGUGGUUGCCAUAGUGUCUCGAAGGAGUAGAAGCACAUCUCAACUUAGUCAAACAGAGUCAGGCCACAAAAAGUUAAAAAGUACCAUCCAGAGAAGCACAGAAACAGGCAUGGCAGCUGAAAUGAGGAAGAUGGUAAGACAGCCAAGCCGAGAGUCUACUGAUGGCAGCAUCAACAGUUACAGCUCUGAGGGCAAUUUAAUAUUUCCUGGAGUGCGUCUGGGAGCUGACAGUCAAUUCAGUGAUUUUCUUGAUGGAUUGGGACCAGCCCAGCUUGUUGGCCGCCAAACCCUUGCCACCCCUGCAAUGGGUGAUAUACAAAUUGGAAUGGAGGACAAAAAGGGCCAAUUAGAAGUUGAAGUUAUUAGAGCACGAAGCCUCACACAAAAGCCUGGUUCUAAAUCUACACCUGCUCCAUAUGUCAAAGUAUAUCUUUUGGAAAACGGGGCCUGUAUAGCCAAGAAGAAGACAAGAAUUGCACGAAAAACCCUUGAUCCUUUGUAUCAGCAGUCCCUGGUUUUUGAUGAAAGUCCACAGGGUAAAGUUCUUCAGGUGAUUGUCUGGGGAGACUAUGGCAGAAUGGACCACAAAUGCUUUAUGGGUGUGGCUCAGAUCUUGUUGGAAGAACUCGACCUGUCCAGCAUGGUGAUUGGAUGGUACAAAUUGUUCCCACCGUCCUCACUGGUGGAUCCCACACUCACUCCCCUCACCCGCCGGGCUUCCCAGUCAUCUCUGGAAAGUUCAACUGGGCCUCCCUGUAUUCGAUAAUAGUGAACUCAUACCAGAGUCAUUUCCAAUAAAACUCUACAUUUCAGGAUAAUAAUCUGAACCAGAUAUUUCAUGAUCAAAAGCAUUGUUGGAGACAGACAAUCAACUUAUGUUUUGCCUGUAGUAGUUUUUCAAUAAUAUGUCCCAAUCAUUAUUUAAAACAUGGCUUCAUAUGACAGAACAAGGCAAUCUAUCAAAUUACAGGAAGAAUCAACGUGCUGGUGAGAGUCACUGAUGCUUCUAACAAAUAGAAAAAGAGGAAACUUUAAAUCCACGCA